UUCUUCAAUAAACUCGCAUUGCGCUUGAGUCUUUUUUUUUUAGUUUCUUUUUUCUCCUUUCUCCCCCUCUUGCGCUCUACCAUACCCCAAAUUUGAUAAUCCGCCUCCUCUACGAGUACCAAGGACCCGCAACACAGGAGAAGCAGGAAGGAAAGAAGGGAAGAAUUGAACUUCACAUCGCUCACCGCCAUGGACUACACCACCCCUUCGCCCAUAGAGGAGGAUUUAAUGACGUAUCCCAUGUCUGCUGAGGGUAUUGAAUGGGAGGUUCUUCAGGACUGCAUCACUUCAUUCCUGGGCCCUGAGGCAUCCGCGAGCCUGGAGCGGACUCAGGUACUCCUCAACCCUACCAUAGCUGUUUCCUCUCCUUCUGUGGAUCCCUGGCUUACCUCUCAAUUAAGGACGGUGCGGACGUGUACUGGGUGACCGCCACGAGGCCAUUCCUACCCGUAAGUUUGCUCCCUUCUCUCGCCCGUUCGCCCGUUCGCCCAUUCACUCAUCCACCCCGCUUCACCAAGAAACGAACUAACGCCCGACGAAAACAGAGCCAAAUCAAUGACCUGAAGGCCUUCUCGGCCGAACUUCUCGAAGACCGACAAGCAGCGGUGUGGAAUCAUCGACGACCAAGCCGCCAUCUGAGGAAUCGGGGCGGGAGGAAGCCCAGACAGACCACGAGUCCAAUUGUAUUGAGCGCUCCACACACUCCCCGCAAUCUAGAGAGCCUCCAUGGGUUGGAAAGACUGACGCAAUUCGUUAUUAGCACGUACAACUGGUCCUCCCGGCACCAGUACUGCAUCAGAAUGCAUACAUGAUGGUUCCUCCUUCCUCCUCUUCUCCUUCUAACGUACCAAACCCCCCAACCCCGAGUAAACCCAAUGGAAUGAAGAAGGGAAGAGAUUGGUAUUAACGAAGUGGCUCUUUACUUAGCACUGCCGAAACUGUCAAAACCGCCCCCCUCACUCCCCUCUUCAACACGAUAACCAUCCUCACUCUCCAGCAGCAUCGAGUGGCGCAGCAACGCUCUCCUAGUUCACCCGCCUGCAUUCUUCUCCCCCACUCCCUUUCCCACUCCGCGGAAAAAGGGGGCUUGUACAAGGGUUUUUUUUUUUGGCCUAAUUUCCCCAAUUCUCAAACAUUUUGUCACUUCCCGUUGCGCGUAUUUGAUUUGGCCUGUGUGUGUAGUCUAACAACCCGGUGUUUGGCUUUCUUUCUUUCCUUUUUCUGUCUUGUUGGGCAACAAGGACAAGCAAACACGGGUAAAUUUUCUUCUUCUUCUCCUUUCCAUAUUAGAUAGUUUUCAUUAGCGUUGUGACAAGUUUUUACCUGAUCCCAUUUGAUUUGGUUUGGUUUGAUUCUAUAGGAUUGUAUUUGUCUCUCUCAUCAUUCUCAUUACCGUUUCUAUCAUACACUAAAUUCUCUUUCUUUCCCUCUUUCUUUCCUCCCUCCUUCCUCACAUGUAGAAGAAGCAAGUGGUAAUUACUAUCCUAUUAUACCCUACUGCACCCAACCAUCAGUCAAUCCCUCCCGAAAUCCAUGCGAGCGGCCGCAGUGCAACCCGGGGAGUAUCAUACAGCACUCGCACAGGUACUCGUACAAGUACUACCGGGCUUACCAUAUUCACCACAUCCAGCAUAAACCCCAUCCAAAGUUGAGACAAGCUCCCAUGCAACAACCUCCGGGACGAUGGACGGGCAUAACAAACCGGACGAGUGGAUAUCCUCGAAACGCGCAAUUACAGCGAAAAAAACCCACCUACCCAUCGGAGCGGCCGUUCAUACCAAACUCCAAGUACGGUACUGUAGCACGAGUAAGUACUACAUUACACACCUAAACUCCGACGGCACUGACACUCGAACAGUCCCGAACGACCGAUCUAGUACUUUCUUUUCUUUUUCCUCCUCUGGCAUCUCCGGCACUGGUGCGGUUUAGCACGGUGGUCGCACCUUGAGCCUCAGGAAGAACGGAGAAUUGAAAGACAUUCAAUGGUAGAGCUUACGUAACCAUCGGGUGAGGCCCACCGGUUCCAAUCCGACUUGUACCGCCAUUUCAGCACGAAGGCGUUCCAAAGUGCAAACUGAGAAGUUUCUCUCCAUUAUUUUUUUUCCCCUCCUUUUCUUCUCCUUGAUUUGUGCGACUAAAUUGUGACAGUCACACACUCACACCUCCGCGGAAAUUUGCUGCUGAAAGGUAUCCUCAUACGGCGCUGUACGAGUCCUAGUACAGUAACGAGUAUGGCAGUGCAGUCCAGACCACCAUCCAAGUGGCGGAUUACGAGUGGAUGGAAUGAAAAGAAAAGAAAAGAAAGAAAAGGAAAGGAAAUGGAUGGAUGGAUGGAUGGAUGGAUCGAACGGAUCUGCGGGUUAAGUUAGAUGAGUUGGUUGAUGGGGAGAUGUCUCUUCUCUUCUCUUCUCUUCCCCUCUCCUCCUUCGCCUUGUGGGGCGGUCGGUGUUUUGGAAGGUAAGGGGGAGGGGGGGGGGUAAAGUACUGUUCUGUGAGUAAGUUCUCGAGUAAGGGCGGGAACAGGCUUGUAUAAAUACCUCCCCCUCUCUAACCCGUAACUUACUCUAGACUUGUUGGGUUUCGGAAUGCAUGCAUCGCGUCGUAGCUGCCUGCCUGCCUGCUUGCCUGCCCACUUUGGUCGCUGCUGUUGUUGUUGUUGUUGUCGUUGUCGUUGUUGUCGGGGAACCCUGAGAGAUGAUUGAUGAUGUUGGGGCGCCAUUUGUCUUGCCUGUUAGCAACUCGACUUUUUUUUCUAGGCAGCCGGGCAUGACAGGAAGGAAGGAAGGGAAAGGAAGGGGUUUUGUGUGUGGGAUUUCUUUCUUUCUUUCUUUCUUUCUUUCACUUUUUCAGAUGGCUGUAGUGAUGGUGGGGGUGAUUGAUUGCCCUAUUAUGCAUUGUACUAGUACUAGUACGCCCCUUCCUGAUGGGACUUUGUUACUGGUAUUGCAUGAUGUGAUGCCCUCUUUUUAUUUUAUUUUUGUGAUUGACGUGCUCUUUGCAUGAUGGGGCGAGGGGCGAGGGAGCGGGAGCGGCAUAAGAGUUAACUUAUGCUUUUAUGCGCUGAGAUGGUACGGUAGUGAUACUGAGUCAUUCGAAGGGUUGGUAUUUUAAAUAUGCUUCUGGCUUUUACAAAAGUCAUUUGUGUUAUAUUGAGGAGAGAGAGAGAGAGACGUGACUAAUCAUACUGAAAAGUGUACAGUACCCUAUCGUACUAACAAAGUACUGCCACCACCACUACCCUUACCACUACCAAGACUACUACUACGAGUACUACUACCGGUACUGCUGCUGCUAAAGAAUAGUCUAGAUAGCACACGGUUCCG